UUUAUUUUCGUGUUUUUAGGUUGAGAUGUCUGGAACAGAAAACACAGAGAGCACUGAAGAGCAGUCAUGUGACAUAUGUAAGAUUUCAUAUGUCACUGAAAAGGAAUUACAAGAUCAUGAAUGGUCACUUAUGCACCACAUCAAAAUUGAACAAAGAAAAAAGGGUGCAGUACACAAAUGUUCCUUGUGUUUUACAAUAUCUCCAAACCUGAUAGAAUAUGGAAAACAUUUGAAUGGAGACAAACACAAACAAGCAAUAGAGGAAAGCAGAGUGCAGAUUGAAACCUUAGAUCCACAAGAAAUACAAUCCAGGUUACAUUCUAGUGAAAAAGAUGAAGAUCCUCAUUCAGAAACAGACAGAAUGGAAACCAGUUAUGGCAGAGACCCAAGAGGACACCAGAGGUCAUAUUCCCAACCUGCAACUAGGGGUCAGUUCUUUGGUAACAGGAGACCUUACAGAAACAGACAUGGUCAGUUCUAUGACAAAGGUUAUAAUUACCAAGACAGCAUGGAAAACCCUUAUUGGCAUAAAAGUGGAAUGAUGCAGAUGUUUCCUUAUCAAUGGAGACAGCCGUGGGAUUCCACUUCUCCAGAUCCUUGGGAACACCCCAAUCAGACCCCUGAAGACAUGGAAUUCCAAUAUCAGGAUAAAAAUAGAAACAGAAGACCAAGCCACCAAGAGUCAAAUGAACAAUAUUCUGGACGGGAAAGGUACAAUAGAUAUGAAUAUGUACGACCAGAACGGGACCAGGAUGUUGAUAAACGUAGAAUUGAUGUAGAUGAGAAUAGAAAAUCGGUCAGGUUUGAGGAUGAAUCCGAGGAAACGUCAGGAUAUUUGUCACAGCCUCAAGUGAGUCAGGAUUUUAUUACUUCAAAACGGAGGAAAAGAAGUAGUGACAUUCCAGAAAAAGAACAGCCUGUUGGUGGGAGGACAACUAAAAAUAGUAAAAAUCGAUCGCUAGAGUCUCCGGUUGUUGAGGCUGAUAGUACAACGGAUAUUGAAAUGUCAACAAAAAGGUCAUCAGUGGACAAAGACAAAGACAGAAAACAGGAGGUUAAGAAAAAAACAGAGGCAAAAGUUAAGAAGAAAAAAGCAAGUAGUAGUAAAACUUCUCCAAGGUCAGAUGAAGGUGAUACAGUAUUGGAACGAGCAGAAAAAUUAUGUAAAGAGCUUAGAGAUAGAAGAGAAAAAGCAAAGAAGGAUGUGCAAAAAGGAAAGAAAGUAGAGAAAAAUGAAGAAAUAAAUAAACAGUUGGCUAAGUUUGCUGAAAUAAAUAAAAGUUAUGUCAAAGGUGUUCUUGAUGAUGCAGACUUAGAUGUGCCUUUAAAAACAUUUGAUAUGCGAUCCAAAAAGAGUGAUAAAAUUUCAUCCACUACUCUGAAAAAAGAAAAAAUCUCUGCAACUUCCAGCAGUCCUGCCAAGGAAAUAACUCCUGUAAGUUCUACUACAAAGUUCAAAAACAAGAAAGCAGCUUCUAAAGUAGAGAGCCCAAGCAGGUCCUCUGAUAACAAAGUGAAGGAUGUUAGUCCUAGUCCUAUUCCUAGGAAAAUUAUAGAUAUACAUAGCAUUGAAAGCCCUGAUGAAUCUCAGAUUGAAAAAACUUCACAGAAAAAAUCAACUAGUCAGUCAAAAUCUAAAGCAGGCAAGACAAAAGUAACAAGUAAAACUAGAGAUAUUGAUGAAAUAAGAAAAGAGAUUGAAUUAGAAGUUCGUCAGUCACAACAAGACAAAACUAGUAAAUCUCUUUUAAAUGAAAGCCUGACUCUACAUGAAAAGGAAGAGGAUGAGACGACUAUGCCAGAGAAAAAUGUAGAGGUAAAAGAAACUCUUGAUUCAGCUGAACCAUCUAAAUUACGAUCAUCUGUAGAAUCUACUAGCCGGGAAUCCUUACUUAAAAUGGUAAAUUCACCAAGGUCUCGUAAAGAAAGACAACAGUUAGCUGAGUUUUUGAGAACAUACGCUAAAUCACAAAACCGAUUAUCAUUACCGAGAUUUAACUUACAGAUGUCAGGGUUGUAUGAUAACCUUGAGCAUUAUGGAGAGUUUGGUUUGGAAGAGUUAUCACCAGAAGUCCAGCUUCAAAUUGCUGAACUAAUUGAGGCUGAUAUCAAGCCGGAUAUUGAUGAGCUGGAACAAAAUUUACUAUUGUCUAAUAUUAAGAUAGAAGGUGCAGAUGAAUUUCCUGGAAUAGGUUUGCAACUGUCCUCCAGUGUUGAUAAAUUAGAACUAUUGGAUAAAUCUCUGAAUGAGCGAGAAAAAUCGACAGCAGGCUUUUCAGAUGUUGAGAAUAUGAAUGAAUUGAAUAGACUGAAAUCAAAGAUUUUAUCCAGUAGUGAAAUUAAAAAGGAGCCUUCAAGUGGGGUGAAAAGCCCUAAUAGAUCUAGUGGUCCACAAUCACCGCAGUAUAGCCAAGAAGAACGAGACUUCAUAGAAAAAUUUUGUAGUCCAGGAAGCCCAGUUAAGAAUGUCAGUAGUCCACAGAAACAUACUGACAGAGAUGAUAUUUCAAGAGAAUCACGAGUCAGUAGUCCUCAGAAAGAUGUUGUCAAAACAAAUAUUUCAAAGGAUUCUCAAGUCAGAAGUCCACAGUCAAAUACAGGCAAAGCUGAUAUCCAGAGAGAUUUUGAGGUCAGUAGUCCACAGAAACAUGCUCACAGAGCUGAUAUCCUAACAGAUUCUCAGUUCAGUAGUCCAAAGACACAUGGUCACAAUUCUGAUGUUCAAAGGGAUUCUCCUGUCAGAAGUCCACAUGGUCACACAGCCAAUAUUCCGAGGAAUUCACAAGAGGAUUUCUUUAGACAAAGAAUUAAAACAGAGAUGCCUUUUAUCACCGAUUCACAAGAAAACACUUUCAUUUCUGAUGCUCAUGUAGAUCAUAGAGAAAAAAGCAACCAGACCAAAUCAACUGAUGUAUUAGGGCCAAUUAAAACUAGCAUUAGCAAUUUCCGUAGUAGAUCUAACUCUUUGUCAAGUUUACAUGCAACUAAAGACUUUAAUUUUAGUGAUAGUCUACGAUCAAAUCCAGAAACAAACACCAAGUUAGAAACAGUAAAAUCAAUUGACCCAUUAGAAUUAUGGCGUAAAGAACAAGCAAGGGAGAAAUCUUCAGAAAAACCUGAAAAACUGGACCAUUUGCAAUUAAAAUCUGAUGAAUACAAGCAUAUCAAAUCCGCAGUUACAAAUUUCAGUUCCGGUGGAAGACAGAAUGAUGAAAAGACUGCAGUUUCUCCGUACAAACUAUCAGAUGGGGGAUUUGAAAGUUAUAGAGGCAGUAGUGAUAGUAAUAUUAUCUCCUCCCCGUCUCAGAAUAAAACUAACCAACUUGAACCAUCUGUUACUGUGUCAGGAAGUCUUCCAUGGAAUAGUAAGGAACUUUUACCACACAGUCAGAUAAAAUCAGAUAUGAUGCAGCCUGGGACUUCAUGGUUUGAUGCAGUUUCAUCAGGUCAGCAGACGUAUCAUACACAAGCAGGUCAUGAAACUGUGGGUGAAAAGAUAUUAGUGGCUCCCUCUGUAUCUACUUGGCUUAGUAGUGGGAUACCAAAGACUGAACCAUUGUGUACAGUAGGGACUGUAGCAUUAACCAGCACUACAACAGUAACAACCUGGUCUACCUCGUCUGGAUAUUUGACUCAACCUCAAGUAAUGUCAUCAUCAGACAUGAGCUUAUCUACUAUCAGUCGAGACAUCAGAAUGAGGCGACCAUCAGAGACUUCUACAGCAGAAAGUUUGGUUGAUACAGUAUAUGAUAUCAGUAUUAAGGAGGAAGAUAUACGUCAGGAAUUACAGGACGUCGAUCAGAAUAUUACCAGGUUACGGAAACUUAUAGAAGAAUCGACAGAGGAGCUCAAUAAUUAUAAAGAAAGGAAACAAAAACUGAAAAAAGAUGAAGAAAACUUAAGAUCAAAAAGAAUCAAUGUUCUACAAGAAGCUCGUGAUAAACAAAAAAGACCAGAUUCGAGACAUGAUUCAGAUAUAUCUGAUAGACCUACUCCACCAUUAUCUGCCACAGAGGAUUCUGGAAUGACAUCUGGUGGUAGAGUUGUACCUAUGUCGUCUGCUGAGAACUCCUGGCUAGGUCAUAGUUCCAGGCCAGGGCCAGAAUAUCAGUUUGGAAAUCCAAUAGAACCACAUAUUUUGAAAGGAUUGCAAGUUUUAAACUCAAUUCAACAAAAUAAUGAAAAAGAUAAAAAUGAAAUCCCUUCAUAUGGACCAAGAGCCUUUGAUUCUACAUUAUCAUACAAUCAACCUUCAGAUCUGCCGCCAAUUUCAACUCACACCUCACUUCAACAUAUUCCAUCAAAUUUGAUCGAAGCCUCACAACAGCAGUUGAGAUCAUUAAAUGCAGCUGAUAUCAGGCAGCAAAUGUCAUCCAAUGUAUCAACACAACAUAUGUCAUCAUAUCUUACAUCACAACAGAUGCCACCAAAUAUAUCAUUACAACACAUGCCACCAAAUGUGUCAUUUCAACACAUGCAACCAAAUGUGUCAUCACAACACAUGCCACUAAAUGUAUCAUCACAACAGAUGCCACUAAAUGUAUCAUCACAACACAUGCCACUACAUGUAUCGUCACAACAGAUGCCACUAAAUGUAUCAUCACAACAGAUGCCACCAAAUAUUUCACCACAACAAAUGCCACCAAAUGUUUUAACUCAACAACACAUGAUGCUACCCCCUCGUAGUAUUCAAUCAGUUCAAUCUUCUCAAUUUCAAGGAGCCUCAAUCUCACCUCUCAGAAUUGGGUCAAAUGUUGGUAUGCCUUCUGUUCAGUUUUCAUCUCCCCAUAGUCAAAUGUCACCAGGACAACAGCAGACAAUAGACCAACCAAAAGAUAUCACCCAGAUAAAAGUUUCAGAUAUACUUUAUGAAGGGGCUGAUAUGUCGUCUGCUUCAAAUGUGCAGAAGACAUCAAGGUAUAGUUCCUUGCAAGAACCAAUCUCAGAUACUGAAAAACAAACAAAUUUAUCAACUACCUCUUCUAAAUCUAUAAAUGAAAGAGUUUUGGAUCAACAAAGAAUAUUGAAUUCAUCUUAUGAUAAACAACUUCUUAAUUCAGAGAAAAAUUUGGACAGAGAUCAAGUUUAUAGUGAAAAAAUAUUAAACAAUCCAAGUUCUGAGCGACAAUCUGAGGAUGUCAUAAUGAUGAGUGAUGAUCAGAAACAUGGUGGUGAUAUUAUAGUUAUUAACGAUUCACCUAAACGAUCUGUGAAGGCUGAAUAUUCCGAAAAACCGCAUAUGAAAUCCUGGCUGGCUGCUGAAAAAGCUGACUCUGAAUAUCGUUCAUCUCGUUCCAAGUCCCCUGAAUGGGAUGAAUCUCAAAGUCAUUCAAGGACACAGCCUUUAGGAACACAGUCCCCUGUUGCCUUAAAACACAGAAAAGAUGACGAUGAUGCCGUGAAGAAUCUGCAGUCUCCAUUACGACCUACUCCAACCAAAGACCAAAAAGUUAGUAAAAGACAAGCUGAACAAAUUGAAAUAGAGGAAGAAAAAAAGGAUAUUGAGAGUAAUCAGACAACUGACUUAAAAUCAUUUGGAUUUGUAACUCUGAGCAAUCUAAUGAACACUGACCAGACAAAAUCUCCUCAAAAUACACCAGUUAAUUCACCAAGAAGGGAAGAAGUGAAAAAAAUACAUAAACAUGAGGUUGAAAUGUCUCCCAAAACUUUUUCAGGAAAUGAUGAAUUAAGGAAUACGAAAUUAGGUGAGGAACCUAAAGUUGAAAGGCUAUCCUCCAAUAUGGAAGAAUAUACAAGUUUGUCUAAAGGAAGUGAUGUGGGUUCAUCAAAGAAUGAUGGGAAGGGUAGUGAUGCUGAAAAGUCUGAUGUGAUCAGACAAAUAUAUGAUAACAGAGAAAAAGUAAAUAUUCAAUACAUGGGUAGUCUAUCGCAGGGAAUGAAUCAGGCAGAACUGCUGAAACAGUUCAAAUCUGGAAAAGGGAAAGGAAAAGAUGAUGGUAUGUCUUUCUUAGUGGUAGACGGAGAUCAAAACAAAGACAUGUAUAAUAAACUGCAAUUACUGUUCAACAAACCACCGACUGGAUCCAGUCGUUCAAAUAAAGAAGACAUACGAAUGGAAACAGAUGAAAAAAGUGAUUCGGGAGUUAAAGACCAUGAUUCUAAUUUUGAAAGUAUUGGAAGCAAUAAUUCUUUAGGGGAGAAAAUCAGACAAUAUUGUAAACAAAAUAAGCCUGAUGUAUCUGAACUUUUGAUUACUGUAUCGGAUGGUGAACAGAGGGAAGUGGCUGAUUGUUCUGUGGUUAGUCCUGGACCUGAGAAAUUAGAGGAGAGAAGGUGUUCAUCUCCUUACAAGAAACGACUGAAAACAAAGAAAGAGAGAGACAGAGCUUCAAUUCGUAAACAAAAGGAAGGCUGUAUUUUAGAAUCAAGCUCUGAUUAUAAUUCUCAGGAUGAAGAGGUCCCUCCAAAGCAUGGACACAGGCCUAAGAGUGGUCAGAAAUCCAGAAAUUCUGAUGUAGAAAUUAUAUCUGACAAUAAAGAUGAUAGCAUGUCCUUUGACAAGAAGUCAGAAGAUCUAAGAUCACAUGAUAAGGGGUCAGAAGUCAUUCCACACAGGUUACUAGAAGAAGUACAGUUGGAAACUGAAUCAGACGACAGUCGAGCACAAUUUAAAGAUAGAUUUUCUGAAAGGUUCAAACUAAACCCUAAUUUAUUGGCAUCACUGAAAGCAGCUGUAAGAUCAAGUUUGUCAAAAGAAGAUUGCAGAGAAACAAAGGUUGAUUAUAAAAGAUUUACAGGUCCUCAACAGCAGGUGUCUGGUAUACAAAUUGUUGGAGAUGAGAUUUAUGUGUCUUACCUGGGAAAUUCUGUUAGAAAGUUUAAUUUUAAGACCGGUGAAUUACUACAUGCAUUUGACUGCUCUCCACAUCAGAUCAGUUGUAUGUUUGUCCUGAGAAAUAAUGAUUCCCUUCGACUAUACACAGGAGGCCCCUCACAACAUUUAUUAGGAUUCAAUGCUAAUACUGGACAGUUGUUUAGGACAGAAAAUUUGGAGGAAAAGUUACAGUGUUUUCAUCAUAACUGGGGGAAGUUAUUUAUUGGUACAUAUACUGGAUCUAUAUUGGUGUGGAGUACAAAGACUGAUAGGAAUAUAGAUGCAUAUGUUUGUUCCGAUCGACCAAUCAGUUGUAUAUCCUCAGCAACAGAAGGGGCCCAGAAAGUUAUUCUUGUGGCAGCAUAUGAUUCCACUGUAUUUGUUCUGAGUGCCACAUCUGGACUGUUGAUACGUAUUCUGGAAGGUCAUACGAAAACUGUAUUCUCUUUACAGGUUGAUGGCAGUAUUGUGUUCAGUGGAUCAGGAGAUAAAACAGUCAUGGAACAUAAUUUACAGACUGGAGACAUGAGUUGGACAUAUACCCAGGCUGCAGGUAUCAUCACCACUGUUUGUGUGUAUGAAGAUCUCUUAUUCUCUGCAUCAUUUGACAAAUUUAUCAGAUGUUAUACUAGACAGGACCACAAGUUGAAAGCAUUGUAUUAUGGAGCAGAUAGAGGACUGGUUACACAGAUGACAGUUAUAGAUGAUAAGAUUAUAACUGGUAACAGAAAUGGAAUUGUAGAAGUAAUUCCUGUCAACAGAGAUAAAGAGACAAUGUGCCAGUUUGAAGGCUGUUGUCAUGUUUUUGGAAUAAAACCUCAUUUAUUGUCACAUGUGAUGUCAGACCAUGUGACACCUGACACUAAAAUGUUCCGUUGUUUAUGGAGAGGUUGUAAAGAUUGGUUAUCAACAAAAGAGGGGCCUCAGGAAGCAGAAGAGCACAUGAAACAUCAUAUAUUUACCUGAUCAACAUCUUUAAAAUGCUCCACUGAAACAGCAUUGAUCAAGUUCUGUGAUGGUGCUUGUAGAAUCACAUCAUUUCACCUGGUGCUGAUAGAAAGACACAUAUUAUACAUAGGGAAAAUUCCUGAUAGGGAAAACAGUAUUCAUUCACUAGUCUUGUGUUUUGCUAGUCUUCAUGUAUAUAGAAAAUACAAGUAUUAUUCCAUUAUAUAGGUAGAUAAAUUCAGCACAACAUUUUGAGGCAUCAAUCAUACCAAUCUUGUUCAAUAUUUUGGAAAGGAGUUAAUAGAUGAUUAACAAGGAAUUUACUUAAUUAAACACUCAAUAGAUUAAAUGAAUUGUUAGACAGAAAAGUACAAUGACAGAGAAAAGCUGAUCCGAUUAUAUCAACCUUUCUACUGAGUACAGGUAUCAUUCAUGAAACACUUGCCACUGGGCAUUGGAUAGGCAAGCAAUCAACAAACAAUCAAUCUUUUCACCUAUCCAACUUUAUAGUUCUUUUUCGAUUGAUAUUUUCAAUUGAUUCUAUAUUCUGAAGAAUAUGUUAUGUAGAUAUAUGAAAGAACUCCAGAUUUACAUAUGUAGCAACAGAUAUAGAGAGAGGAAGAGCUUUUAAAUGCAGGCUGUUUAAUAUGUUAUAUAGACAAAUUCAAGAUAAAAAAACACAGUUUGUUAAUUAGUUAUUUGAGUGACAGAAAAAAUGCAAUCAGAUUAUAAAUUGUAUUAAGAUAGAGCAAAUAUGGGAAGAUGUGUUAUCAGUGAGAUGUUUUGUCAAGAUAGAGUAAAAUAAUAAAUAGAAAAAAUAUUUAAAAUUAUGAAAUUACACACUCAUAUAAGUAUAUAUUGAGGAAAAAGAGGAAAUGCUAGGAAUAAUGUUUAUGAUUUUUUUGUUAGUGCCAUACUUUAAAAUAUCACUUUUGUUUGUGUAUAUUGACACACUGUAUAUUUUGUUUAUGACUUUAUUUCACUUGUUUUACACACCACACACAAUUUAUAUAUAUGUACAGUAGGCAUCACU